GUAACUUUGCCCAGACAAAAGCCAGGAUACCAGCAUCCUCAAGGCCUUCGCCUCCGCCUCUCAGUGCCGGGAAAGCCAAGGUAGACUCUCUGGAGGUCACACGGCAUCCCGAAGAAGCCACCAGCAUGAAGAGGCAGACCAUGGCUUCUUAUUUCCGGUAUUCCCUGAUGGAUCUGCUCUCCAAAAUGGUGGUCGGACAGCCCCACUUUGUGCGCUGCAUUAAACCCAAUGAUGCCCGAGAGGCCCUGAACUUCUCCCGAGAGAGGGUGCUGGCCCAGCUCCGUUCCACGGGAAUCCUGGAGACAGUCAGCAUCCGUCGGCAGGGAUACUCCCACCGCAUCCUCUUUGCAGAGUUUGUGAAAAGGUAUUAUUACUUGGCAUUCAGAGCACACCAAACACCUCUUGCUACCAAAGAGAGCUGUGUUGCUAUCUUGGAAAAAUCCAGAUUAGACAACUGGGCGCUGGGAAAAACAAAGGUUUUUCUCAAAUACUACCAUGUUGAGCAAUUAAAUUUGUUACUGCGAGAAGUUAUAGGCAGAGUGGUUGUGCUGCAGGCAUAUGCCAAGGGGUGGCUUGGAGCCAGGAAAUACAAAAGAGUCCAAGAGAAGAGAGAAAAGGGGGCUAUUGCCAUACAGUCAGCCUGGAGAGGAUAUGAUGCUGAGAGGAAAUUUAAGAAAAUAAACAACAGAAGGAGUGAGUCUGCUGUUCAUAUUCAAGCAGUUCUGAGCGUCUCUGUAGAUCACAAAAGCAGUCCACAAGCAGAAUCCAAUGGCCAGUCAGAAACUUCAAGCAACCCCCCUGCUGCCAUUGAGAAAAAGUGGCACUCACAAGCCCAGAGUUCUCCAAAAGUGUGUGAUGUCUUCGCAGGAUAUCCAAAUAAGACAUGCAGUGCUCCUGCAGACCGCCCAGGAUUGAGCCCAUCGAGAGAAGCCCCUGCAGAUCCCGGUUCAGAAAAUGGUCUCAUUCAGAAGCAGCGAACAACUCGCCGAAGAUGUCAACAACCCAAACUGUUGAGUAGCCCUGAGGACACCAUGUACUAUAACCAGUUAAAUGGAACUCUAGAAUAUCAAGGGAGCAAGAGGAAGCCAAGAAAACUUGGCCAAAUCAAAGUGCUUGAUGGGGAAGAUGAAUAUUAUAAAUCUCUGUCACCUGUGGACUCCCUCCCAGAGGAAGACAACUCAGCCAAUCCUUUCUUUGUUUCCUCAUCCUCUAAAGGAGCACCUUUUGCUAGGCACUGAGCUGUACUUCCUGUCCCAUAGAUCUGUUGAGCGUAAGAACAGUCACGGUAAUUGACUGACUGUCAGUUACUAAGAAAGCACUGUAAUGGGGUCAACUUCUUUGGACAUGUGGUCUGUGCCGGAGCCUCACUGAACAAUUUUCAGAUUCCUAGCCAUUUUCUCAUACCAAUCUGCAGUGCAACAUGAGCUGGGAAGUUCUUCCCUUCCUAAUGCCAUGGGUCUCUGUGGGACACUGAGCACACUGCCACUGUAGCAAUAGCCGUCAUUUAUGCUCCCAACAUCUAAGAGGGUAACACACACAAUCUCAUCAUAAAAAUUGUGAAUGUUUAUAUUUCUUUAUUUUCCUCAAGUCAAUCCAUACAGAAUCUGCUCCUGUGAAAAUCCAGGAGUCUUCUUCCUCCCCACCUCUCCACGGCAUCCUCCUUUCCCUUUGCUGUUCUUUCUACCUGCCUGCCUCUCCCCAUGGUCUGGGCUCCAUUGCUGAGGGUUCCCAUCCUUAAGAAGUGCAUUCAAGGUCUCCUAGGCCAGAAUAAUUUUUAGUGUUUAGGGGGAAAGAACUAAAUCUUUCAGAUUUUUUUCUAUGAGAGAAUGAACCCUCUCUUGCUAAUUAUUAUGCUGAUAAAGAUUUCCUCUUUAUUCCCAUCCACCCCCAUCACCUUAGCAAUAAAAAAAAGGAGAGAGAAAGAAAACUUGGACCUGUCAAGAGUCCAUGCAGGUGGUUUAGUAACUCCAUUCUCUGGGAAGCUGGCUCCAUUGGGCUGUAAAGGGCCAUAGGGGAAGGAUCUGGUCUUGUCCACCUGUGUGUGCACAGAACUGGUGUAGUGCCUGGCACAGAUGGACAUCCAGUAAAUGCCGACUCUUGAAUGAAUGGAGAGGCUUUACUUAGUUACAGGAAAGUUACUUUCAAUUUCAUGUUAUACAAAACUAAUCACACUUUAAGCAGCAUAAGCUCUGAUUUUUCCCUGGAAGUUAGGCUAGUCCUAUUAUAAUUAUGUCAUACCAUAUAUUGUAAUACUCAAUAUGAUUCAAUACAAAAUAUUUUUUUGACUAACUACUCUAUGCAAUACAAUAUGUGAGGUUGCUGUGUGAUGUAAAAAAACCCUACAACACCUUUUCUCUAGAACAGAUGUUCUCAACAUUUUUCAUACUCCAAAAUACUUGGCAGAUAUUACACAUGGGAAUACCCAGAUUUUGAGAAAAAAAAUCAGAGUUUUAACAAGGAGAAUUUUAAUAAGCAUUUUACAAAUAGGAAAUAAUGAAGUGUGACAUCAGAAAUUGUAAUUUUAUAAGAAAAAUAAAUAAAUAUAACCAAUUAUUCUAUAGUUAAACUUCUGUUUUUGAAAAAUGAGUCUUGAUUUUUUUCCCAGAUCUUCACUGCAGGCUAAUGUUUGUAAGGUUUGUUAGAGCAGAAAAAACACAAAUGAACUUUAUUUUAUUGUUUAAAAAUUAAUAUCUAGGAUAUGUAGAUUUUUAACAUUGUUAUUAAGAUAAGGGUUUUUUGAAAUUUCACUUUUAUCAUUGAUUCAUCUACUUUUGAUUUGCUAUUUGAAUAGCUGCUUUUCAAAUUGUUGGAUAGAAAAGUUCAUAACU